AUGAAAACCAUUUUAACUACUAUUCUACUGCUAAGCCUUGCUUUAAUGGUCUCUGGGCAAAGAUGGGGACGAUGGAAAUGGUCAUCGUCGUCAUUCUCCCAUGAACACUGGCAUCGACGGCCAUUUUGGCGUCCAGGAUGGGGAGGUGGAUGGGGACGUCCUGGAUGGGGAGGUGGAUGGGGAGGAGGAUGGCCAGGCUAUCGUCAUGGUUUCCUCGGACCAGGAUAUUUCCCAUAUCGAGCUUAUGGAGGUGAGUCGAUUUGA